AUGGACGAUCUAGGUACGAUCCCGCCCAUCACGAGGGUGUGGGCUGGCUCCGCGCUUGCGCUUGCGCUGGCUGAGUACGUCGGUCUCGUAUCGUCUUUGCAGCUCUUUCUCUCGUACCGUCUCGUCGUGGGCCGCGGGCAGGUAUGGCGUAUCAUCACCUCGCUCGUCUACUUCGGUCCUUUUGGUGUCGACUUCCUCUUUAACCUCGUCUUCACCACCCGCUACGCCCGCAUGCUCGAGGAGAACCACUACGCAGGAAAGCGGGCCGACUUUGUCUGGCUCCUCGUCUUUGCUUCGACCUGUCUUGUCCUCCUCUCGCCGCUCGCGACCCUGCCCUUCCUGGGCAGCCCGCUCGGCUUUGUCCUCGUCUACAUCUGGAGCAGGCGCAAUCGCCACGUCCGACUAAGCCUAUUUGGUGUCAUAAUCAUUACUGCGCCCUACUUGCCCUGGUCCCUCGUCGCCUUUUCCUGGAUCCUCUCGGGCAGCAUCAAGGCCGUCGUCGGCGACCUCAUGGGUAUCGCUGUUGGUCAUGCUUACUACUUUCUCGUUGACAUAUGGCCCAAAGAGGUCCAGAGCGGCGGCAGGAAUUUGCUGGCAACGCCGCCACUACUGUGA